GUCAGACCCGGGCGGGUACCGCAGCACCAUGCCUUGCUCUCUGCUGGCUGUCUGCCGCUAUGAAACCAACAAACUGGUUCGAAUCCAGAGCGUCAAACUCGGAUCGUUAAAAUGGAUUCUGAACGGAACCAUCCUGCUGGUCAUCUGCAUCAUGAUGUUGUGGAACAAGAAGUACCAGGAGUUUGAUCUGGUGGUCAGCUCAGUGACCACCAAGGUGAAGGGGGUGGCCCAGACCCAUGUGCCCGACGUGGGGGACGUGGUGUGGGACGAGGCAGACUAUGGUGGAACCUCUCAGAGCAAAAACUCUUUCUUUGUGAUGACCAACGUGAUUGUGACGAAGAGACAGACGCAGGGCACCUGCCCCGAGGGCCCUCGUAACGGCAGAGCGUGCCGCACUGAUAAAGACUGUGAGAGAGGAGCCUGGGACAAGCAGAGCCACGGGAUUCAGACCGGAUCAUGUGUGAAGUUUGACGUGCUGAGAAAGACCUGUGAGGUCUCAGCCUGGUGUCCAGUAGAAACCAGGACCAACCCUCCGCGACCUGCCCUGCUGGCUGCAGCUGAGAACUUCACUGUCCUGAUCAAAAACAACAUUAAAUUUCCAGCCUUCAACUUUAUUCGAAGGAACAUUCUGCCGUGGAUGGACGUGGGCUACCUCAAACACUGUCAGCGUGCCAACGACUCGCUGUGCCCCAUCUUCAGGCUGGGAGACAUCGUGCGAGAGGCUGGAGAAAAGUUCUCUGAAAUGGCAAUAGAGGGUGGCGUCAUGGGCAUCCAGAUUAAAUGGGAUUGUAAUCUGGACUAUUUUAUGGGCCGAUGUCUCCCCAAAUAUUCCUUCAGGCGUCUGGAUGAGAAGGAGAGCAACAAGACACUGUACCCCGGCCACAACUUCAGGUAUGCCAGGUACCGAACAGAGAAGGGGCUGGAGGAGAGAACCCUGUACAAAGCGUUUGGGAUCCGGUUUGAUGUCAUAGUGUUCGGACAGGCAGGGAGGUUCAGCUUCAUCCAGCUCAUCAUCUACAUCGGCUCCACGCUGUGCUACUACGCCUUGACAACGAUGAUUAUCGACUGGCUGAUUGGGACCAGCUGCUACUCUGCAGAAGUUGGACAAAACCUCUCGGAGAAGAAAGUGGAGCUGGUGGAAGACAAGAAUGGGUGCAUCCUGUGUGUCUCCUACGUCGAUGAGAACCACCUUCGGCUGGUGAAACGCUCCCAGAAGAAAAGCUUGCAAGACAUCAAACCCAAAUCUCUUCAGUGUCGGAAGGAGGACUCCAUACACCUGAGAGCUGUGCUCUCUCUGCCAGACGAUGGUGUGGACCAGGCCGCAAAAGCAGAUCGACCCAGACCCAGUCCUCCACGAUGGUGCAAGUGUGGCAGCUGCGCUGCUUCUCCUCACCAUCAGGAAGAGCUGUGCUGCCGUCACUCAGAGGGCCCUUGCAUCUCCUCAUCACCGCUGUUUGGCCAACUGGUUCUUCAUCGCCCUCUGCUGGAGGCCGUGCUCUUGUAUCGGAACCCUUUUGCUCCAGUCGGUCGGACUGCUGACCUGCGACACUGCGCUUACGAGCAAUACGUGAAGUGGAGAUUCGGAUUCCCACCUGAGGAGAGCCACCCUGCCAUUCCCAGCUGCUGUGUGUGGAGAGUCAGAGAAGAGUAUCCAAGUCCAGACGGGAAGUACAGCGGCUUUGAACCUGCUAGAACCAUGAACCUGCAGACCUGCUCUAACAGUGAUCAAUGAAGGAGGGAGAGAAAUCUUUCUUCACUUUUUCUACUGUGUUGAAAUCUGAGCAGACUGUAUCUUAGAAACAGUCACCUGUAGAAAGGUCAUUACAUGCAGUUACAGUCAGUAGUAAACAUUUUUACACUCUUUUGUUUCGUUUUCCAUCGGCCGGUUAGAUGAAUCUUCAACUGAUGUCCAUCCAACCAAGAAACACUGCCUCGUGUUCUCUGGUUGCUUCAUCAUAUUAGCUCCAUGUCAUCGAAUGGUUUGGUGGGCUUGCCACGGCACCCAGGCCUUGAGUUUGCAGCAGUCUACCGGGUGAUGAUGGUGGUGCUGAAGAACAUGAAAAUGUGUGCUGCACUUCAGAAAGACGUGACAGAUCUGGUUUUAAUAUGGUCACACAAGAUUGAGAAACGCUGACUCAGCAGGGCAAAUAGAAAUGAUCUUUAUUGUAACUCUUUAUCAU